GUGUAAUAUAGAGAGGGUAUAUUUUUCUUUAUUUCCAGGUCCAUUAGCAAGAAACGACGGCUUUUAUUAAUGUUAUUUUUAAACUUUUAUAUGUGUGUCAGUAGGUUAGAGUCUUACAGCCAAGAUGCUGUAUUGAGUAAUGAGAGGUUUGCACUUAAAAGCAAACCUUUUUAUGCUUCCUGGUGAUAUGUGUGUAAAUAUGUGUUUGGUCCGAGCGGCAGUCUGCGGAAGGAAACCGAACUCGCAGGAAUAUAAUGAUUUGAGGUCGAGAGUCUUGCGCAUGCGCAGUAGCGUGUGAGGGUAUUUAAAUAUGGGCUGAAGAUCCCAGCAGCGCAACACAAACACUUCUCUUCAGCGUGAGUCACCAUGAGCUGGGCCAUCAGCACUCUGGCCGUGGGGAUAGCCACUCUUCUGCUCGUUCAGAGGAAGUUUUACCCUCACUUUUGGGAGGAUCUGAUGUAUUACGCGAGAGUUCGGCGCGUGGGGAGCGCGAUGAAGGCGAGGAUGAAGCGCGGAGUUGUCACAUAUCUGCAGUGCUUUGAGCUGCAAGCCAGAAACACCCCGGAGAAGCCCUUCAUUGUGUUCGAGGAGCAGAUCCUCUCGUACAGAGACGCGGACGCGCGCAGCAACAGAUUCGCGAGCGUGCUGAGAGCGCACUGCGGUCUGAAACACGGAGAUACUGUGGCGCUGCUGAUGAACAACGAGGCGGACUUCAUCUGCGUCUGGUUCGGGCUCUGCAAACUGGGCUGCGAGGUCGCGUUUCUCAACUUUAACAUCAAAUCUCAGUCGCUGCAGCACUGUGUGCGCAGCUGCGGGGCGAAAGCGCUCGUCAUUGGCUCAGAUCUGGUCAGGUGUGUGGACGAGGUGCUGCCGGCGCUGAUGGACGCUGGGGUGCAGGUGUGGGUGACAGCGGAGAGAGCCACGCACCAGAGCAUCGGGACGCUGCUGGACAAACUGGAAUCUGCCUCUCCAGAGAAGCCCCUGAGCGACGGCCCUCAGCCCAACCUCCUGUCCACCUUCCUCUUCAUCUUCACGUCUGGCACCACAGGGCUGCCGAAGGCUGCUCGGAUCAGUCACAUCAAAGCGGUGAUGUGCAUGGCUUUCCUGCGUUUGUGUGGCGCUCGUGCCUGUGACCGAGUCUAUGUGACGCUGCCGCUCUACCACAUGUCUGCGUCGCUGCUCGGCAUCGGCGGCUGCAUCGAGCUCGGGGCGACGUGUGUUUUGAAGAGGAAGUUCUCUGCCAGCCAGUUCUGGAGGGACUGUGUGAAGUAUGAUGUGACUGUGCUUCAGUACAUCGGAGAGCUCUGUCGAUAUCUGGUCAAUCAGCCAGAGACUGCAGAGGAAGUGACUCAUAAAGUUCGCCUCGCCGCAGGAAGCGGUCUCAGAGCUGAUGUUUGGAAGGAGUUUCUCAGACGUUUUGGAAAAAUCCAAAUUCGUGAAGCUUAUGGUUUAACGGAGGCCAGUAUUGGCUUCGUUAAUUACACUGAUGAAAUUGGACCAAUUGGGCGUGCCAGUUAUUUUAACAAGCUCAAUUUGCCGUUUGAGUUUUUAAAAUGUGAUCCACAAACGUUUGAGCCCAUACGGACAGACACGGGACGCUGCAUUAAAGUGAGUAAAGGGGAAGCAGGGUUACUGGUGGCUCCAGUGACAUUCACCAACCCUUUCCUGGGAUACGCGGGCGAUAAAGCCAUGUCUGAGAAGAAGCUGCUGAGGGACGUCUUUAAGACGGGAGAUGUGUACUUCAACACAGGAGACCUGAUGCUUCAGGACCACAGAGACUUCGUCUACUUCAAAGACCGGGUCGGAGACACAUUCAGGUGGAAAGGAGAGAACGUGUCCACCACGGAGGUGUCUGAAGUGCUGGGCUGCCUGGACUUUCUGCUGGACGUCAGCGUGUACGGCGUUACUGUACCAGGGUACGAGGGUCGAGCAGGAAUGGCCGCUGUUGUGCUGAAGGACGGUCAUGGGCUGGACGGAGAGAGACUCUACGGUCAUCUGCUGCUCACUCUUCCUCCGUACGCAUGGCCCUGGUUUCUGAGAGUGCAGUCUCGGUUAGACGUGACGGACACGUUCAAGCAGCAGAAGGGCCGGCUGGUGCAGCAGGGCUUCAGUCCGGAGACGGUCCAGCAGCCGCUCUUCUUCCUGGACGCUGCGCAGAAAACCUACUCUCCCCUCACUGCGCAGCUGUACCACGACAUCCUAUCAGGCAGGAUCAGACUCUAGAUGCAUUGUGGGAAAUGCAGCGACCGUGAACGAUGUCCUCCUCACCAGACGAGCUUUCUACAGCGAUCCUUGUGUUUGUGAGCCUCACAGCUGCUGUGUUUUACUCUCGUACUCCAGUCAUGGGCCACAAAUAAACUGGAACGACUUUGUUAGGAUUCCUUAACAUCGACACAGAAAACGAACUAAUACUAGAGUCAGUAUACUCUUAACCACUUCACUAACGCUUCACUCCUCUCGUUAUUAACAGUAAAGAUUUUAUAUUUAUUUUAAGAGUAUAACAGCACCUUUCCUAAUGUUAUCUGCUCUUGAUAAUUAUGUAGGCUAAUUAAUCAAAUAGAAUAAUAGACUGAUUCAGAUCACAGCUGCAGUAUAUGUGAGUAUUUGCAUGUCAAACACAAGAUGAUGGUUUGUACAGCAGCACUUCUGCAGAUCCACUGAUGGUCUUCACUACAGAUGUCCACGCUUUUAUAUCAAAUAGCUGCUGAAUUGGUUUUAUAAUUGCAGUUAUGAACAUCAAUAUAUGCAACAGUGUAUCUGAUACAGUGAAAUCAAUGUUUUGAGAUUGGGCAGUAUACGAUAUAUAUAUAUAUAUAUAUAUAUAUAUAUAUUAUUAUUAUUUUGUUUUAUAUUAUCAUUGCAGAUUUAAUCAUGUUCAGAUGUAUUUUUUUAAAUAUUAUCUUUGCAGAUUUAAUCAUGUUUAUAUAUAUUUUUUAAUAUUAACCUUGCAGCUUUGCUCAUGUUCAGCUUUCACUCAAGGCCAGUUCAUUCAGUGUGUGUUUGACCGUAGUGCUGGUCACUGGAAAUCCUUGUGGACUGAUCUGGCUUGUUUGAUGAUGACAAAGUGUGACUGUUAUUCGUUUGUUAGUGUCUCAGUUACAUUGUAAUAAUGUUAACUUUUUAUUGUCCGGAAACUUUGUUAGAUGAUUGGAUUUGAUAAUCCACUAUUAUUAAUAAUGAACUUGUAUAGGCAGUUGUGAACCACAAGGGGGCAGUGCUAACCUUGCACAUGUUUUGUGUAAACAGAAAUGUGAUGUGUAAUAAAGAACGUAUAUCAAAUGCUGAGGUGUGUGUGG